AUGGAUACUACCCAAGAGAAGGUCCAUGUGAACCCCGGGUCAAACGGUGACAAGAUAGACGAGAUCUCCGACACGGAGCAGGGAACCUACGAGCAAGGGAUACAAAAAUUCCACAGACUAGGGUGGAAGCGCCUCACCAUCCUACUGUUUGUCGAAGCCAUUGCUUUGGGUAGUCUUUCGAUCCCCGCUGCUUUUGCAACUCUGGGCAUGGUUGCCGGCGUGAUCUGCUGUGUUGGGAUCGGACUCAUUGCCAUGUACACCAGCUACAUCGUUGGACAGGUGAAAGUCGCAUACCCCGAUGUCACACACUACGCAGAUGCAGGGAGACUGAUUAUGGGCUAUUUUGGCUAUGAAUUGAUCAACCUUAUGCUUAUAUUGCAACUACUGUUCUUGGUGGGCUCGCAUUGCCUCACGGGCACCAUUGCUCUAGUCACAAUCACUGGAAGCGAUAUUUGUUCUAGUAUCUUUGCUGUUGUUUCUAUGGUAAUCCUUAUCCUUCUUGCGAUCCCGCCAAGCUUUGCAGAAAUUGCCAUCCUAGGCUAUGUUGACUUUAUCUCGAUCAUCGCCGCAAUCGGCAUCACUAUCAUCGGCACAGGUGUUCAAGCGACCCAGUCUCCCGGGCUGUCUCAUGUCGGUUGGUCUGCUUGGCCCAGUCCAAAUGCCACAUUCUAUGACGCCUUUAUUGCCAUCGCCAAUCUCACCUUCGCCUACAGCUUCGCCAUGUGUCAGUUCUCUUUUAUGGACGAGAUGCACACCCCAAAGGACUACAUCAAGUCCGUCCUAGUUUUGAGUAUCCUUGAGAUCAUAAUUUAUACGGUCACAGGUGCAACAAUCUACGCAUUUGUCGGCCAGGAUGUUAGAAGCCCAGCCCUACUCUCUGCAGGGCAUGUCUUGAGCCGAGUAACGUUCGGCGUCGCACUACCCGUCAUCUUCAUCAGCGGAUCAAUCUGCACAACUGUCCUCGGACGCCUUAUUCACGGCCGUGUCUUUCGAAAUUCGAACAUCCGGUUCGUGAGCACCAAAGUGGGAUGGAUUACAUGGAUCUCACUCGUAAUUUUCAUUACUAUUCUUGCUUUCGUCAUUGCCGAAGUGAUUCCUUUCUUCGACAACCUCAUUUCCAUCUCUUCAUCUCUGUUUAUCACCGGAUUCGCUUUCUACUUCCCUGCCAUUAUGUGGUUCAAGCUUCUUCGCGAGGGAGAAUGGACGAGUAUGAAGAAUUUAGCCAUGGCUCUGGUCAACUGUUGUGUGUUUCUGAUUGGGAUCACGGUGCUGGUGUUGGGCACGUAUUCCAGCGUGUAUGAUAUUAUCGAAAAAUACCGAGAGGGCCAGGUGGGCGGCACCUUUUCGUGCGGUACUCUGUCUUGA